AGAGGUGACAGUAUGUCUGAUAGUGUGGGAGCAUUGGAUCAUCUUUCUUUCAUAACGUUGAUGCCAACCAGAACUGGAAUCAUGCAGACAUCAUGUAGCAUUUUGUCUGUGGAAAACCUCUGAGGCUCUGCUGGAGAUGGGGGAGCAUGUAAGAAAAUAAGACAAAUGAUGACCUGACGAUUAAAGACUAUGAUGAAUGGACACAUCAAGACACACCAUCUCCUCUGGAUGAAGCAUUGAAAGAAUCAUUUUCCUGAUCCUUUUUGUACAUGUUUAUGGUGCUUCUAUGUUUUUUUUACUGUUGGCAAACAAACAUGUGUGAAACUCUGGCUCAUAAGUGGGUGAAGUUGUUGUCGACUCUCCUGGGGAGGUUUUUUUCAAAAGCCAGAGUGGUUUGCUUCCUGAUAGUCUUGACACUGACGCUUCUCAUCAUGGCUUCCUACAACCUGACAUGGGACAAGAAAAGACUUCCCUUCACCACCUCACCCAUUCAGGUCAGGCCUGGGGUCGUCCAUUCAAACACAGCAGCAGCUAAAGUUUCCUCUCAAAACAAUUUAAUAGACGUGAAACAGCUGGUGGAGAUCAUUAACUCCAAACUGGAAUACACACCCAGGAAGGUGCCUGAUGAAAAAGAUGUCAUUGAAAUGGACUCUCAUUUGUUCUCUGUAAUUCCUCGUCAUUUCCUGCCCGGUGUCAAGAGCCCUUGCUGGUAUAAGGAGAUCUCCAGUGAACGCAGCACUGAUCCAUACAGGAAUAACCACUAUUGUCGUAGCUCACCAACCAGAAAGACUUUAUGUGACAAAAUGAGGCCAAACUUUCACAAGCACUUACAACACAGAGACGGCAAACUGUUUCGUUUGCGCUGCUUGCCGUACUUCUACAUUAUUGGCCAACCAAAGUGUGGCACAACUGAUCUGUACUCCAGGCUGCGAAUGCAUCCAGAGGUCCAGUCCAGCAUCAUAAAGGAACCACACUGGUGGACCAGGAAACGCUUGGGUUUUCAGCGUUUCAAAGAUGGCUUCUCAAACAUUUUUCCUGUGGAAGAUUACCUGGAUCUGUUUGAGGUGACUGCCCAACACAUCCAAGAAAAAAUGAAUAGAAACUCAUCCAGAGACCACCACACAACCCAGUUCGUAACAGAAGGUGGCACUGAGAUGAUCAGUGUCUUGACAUUUGAAGCCAGUCCAUCCACUAUGUGGGACAACAGACCCCGGAAGGAGACAGAACCCAGUUUUCUGACCCAGGACUUCAUCCACACACUGCAGCCUGGUGCCAAAAUCAUUAUCACCCUUAGAGAUCCAGUAGAGAGGCUUUAUUCUGACUACCUGUUUUUUAGGAGGGACAAAGAGUCAGUAAAGGACUUCCAUCAGAGGGCCAUGAAGUCUGUACAGUUGUUUCAGUCCUGUCUGUCUCAGUGGUCGCUUCGUGCAUGCGCCUACAAUAGAAGCCUCUUCAGCUCCAAGCCUCUGAGGCUACAUGUGGGGUUGUACGUUGUCUUCUUACUGGACUGGCUGACAGUUUUCCAUCGGGACCAGAUUCUAGUUCUACGACUGGAGGAUUAUGCAGCCGACAAGAGAGCGACAUUACAGAAAGCUUUUGAUUUUCUGGGUCUAAGUCCUCUGUCAGUGGAGCUGGAGGAAGAAGUGAUGAAACAGCGUGUGGCAAACAGCCGGGGGGUGAAGGACAAGAAAGUAGGUCCUAUGCUUCCAGCCACCAGAGACCUCCUCAGGGAAUUUCACCAGCCCUUCAACCGUAAACUGGCCAGUGUGUUGGACGACAGCGCCUUCCUGUGGAGUUACCCCUGAAGGGAUAUGAGUGUGAAUGGCUGUGAAUGAACACAUGAAACCCUUAAAAUACACUGUUACAUUCCCAUAAAUGUAUUAAUCCACACAUCUGGAUAAUGUUUUCAUGUUAUUAUUACUGAGAAGGCUGUGGUGACAAUCAUGUGGUGAUGGUACUAUGAUCUGACCUUUUAUAUCGAAAAAUAUCUCCUGUCCCAUUAAUUAUUAAAUAAUGACUAACUGAAACUUGCAACCAGAGAAAGUUUGAAAUAACAAGAUGCAUCAGUGAAUAUACAGUAUAGCCAAAGACUUAAGGCUGUGGACAACAAUGGAUUUCAGACAUCAAGGCCACACUUUAAUCACAGUGAUCACAGUGGCAUAUAGACUGCGUCUGCAAAUCUGUAACUCACUGUAUUUUUUCCGUAAAAACUAAUAACACACACAGGUUGUAAAUAUAUAUUUUAUUGCUCUGGGAAUUCAAGUUUGUGCUAUGUGAUUCACUUCCUGUUUUAUUUUGGUAGAUUUCUGUUCAUUCCUGGAGUUCUUGUCAAGUUUCCAUCCCUUCCUAAUCAGCCUGGUGUGUUGCACCUGUGUCCGACUGUUCACCUGCUCCUCCCUAUACAUACCCUUUGUCUUUCCCCUUUCCCUCUUGCCAGAUAAUCUUCUUCACAUGUGUGUUGUUAUCCAGUGUUUUCACAUGAUUCCAGUGUUGUUUGUGUAUGACCCUUUUUGGAUUUUGACUAACCUCACUGCCUUUGCCUUUUAAACGAAACUUUAUUUAUUCAAUAUAAUUACAAAAAGAUGCAAGGCAGAAUAUACCACAAAUACAAUAGAAAAAUCUAUAGAGUUACUAAAGUGCUGAAGGUUCAAAGGCAAAAUUUACAUGCAGAAAAAAAAACACACAAUAAUGUUAAGAAUACAAAUAAUAAUUGAGUUUGCUGAAGUGCUGAAUAUUCAAUCGUCAGUUAUUUCAUCUCCAAAUUCAGUGUGUGAAGAUUUCUCUCAGAUCAAAGGUCGAAAUAUGUGCCAUGGCAGGUUCUGUGCUGUAUCCAAGGUUUUCCUCCGUCUGAGGUCAGUCAGCACCUGUUUGAUGCUCAUUACAGCCUGUUGGAUGAUCAUAGAACUUCUGGUUUUCCACAGUCAAGUACAUACAAUGCCAAUGACCAGUUGAAAUAAUGCCCUUUUCUGGGAAGGCAUCUUUUCUUCCAAGAGUCUGUACAUGACUGAGUUGUAGUUCAAGUCAAAGACCAGACCGUGGCUUUGCAUCGUAGUCCAGACCAUCUGAGCUCUGUAACAGUCCAUGAGAAGGUGCUGCUGUGUUUCAUGUUCAUUACAGUAAAUAAUGGGAUUUUUUUUCUGUCACAUAACAACUCCAUGAGACAACAGCUCGAACGGGGAGUCUGUUCACAGAGAUAAGCCAGCGGACAUCUCUAAUGCUCUCUGAGGAGAUUUUAUUUUUUAAAUUUUCACUUCAGGGCUUUCUGAUUCUGCUAAAUGUUUAUUUAACAGAUAAUCUCUGUGGGCAGUGAUGUGUCCUGAUUUAUUGGCAUGAACGAGGUUCCCUCUGUCAUCUGACUGUGAUUGUUAAUAAAUAUUACAGAACUUAACACACAAUUGAAACAUUCACCCGAUUUAAAAUGAAAGAAAUUUCUAUAUUAAAGGUCUGUUUUUCUUUUUAUUUAUACCACAGUGCCGUCUGUUGAUUUUAGUAGCUCUUCAUUUAUUUCUCGAAUGGAAAUUAUUCAUUUGGCAGCAAUAAUCCAUUGCGAGCUCUUGUUUCACUGCAGUCUCAUAUUUAAGGACUAGC